AUUAUUGCACAUAAUUCAGGAAACUACACACGAACUAUAAACAAGAAAAUUAUGCUAAAAAGCCCCGGAAAAUUUGCUAAAAAAUAUUCAAAUAAUAUUGACCGGAUACGAAGUAACAGAACAAUGAGACGACGAAAACUUUUCGCUGAUGGAGUGGUACGAUCCAAACCGAAAACAAAAUCUAGUGCGCCGGACAAAGACUAUGGCUUAGCAGAGCCUUUGGAUGACCUUUUUAGUCUCAGCCCAGAAGCUUUUGCUGAAAAAAAAACAGCAUUUUUAAAAAAUCUGGAUGAUGUCGACAUAGACGAGGUUGAACAGAUGACGAGAGGACAGAGUCAAUGCGAUGCAUGGAGAAACGAGGGUCGAAAAAGAUUAACAGCGUCUAAGUUUGGAGAAAUAUGUAAAAUGAGAGAGAACACUAGCUGUAAAAUCAAAGUCCAUAACAUUUUAUAUAAGUAUCCGACAAUGUGUAAAUCAAUGAGCUAUGGUAUUGAAAUGGAGCCUCAUGCUAGGAGACAGUUUGAAGAACUGAAAGGGUGGGACGUACGUACUUGUGGUUUGUUUAUUGACCGAGAAUUCCCUUAUUUGGCUGCAAGCCCUGAUGGAUUAAUAGAUGAUGAUGAAAUACUAGAAAUUAAGUGUCCAUUUGUAGCAAAAGAUACAAAGAGUGCCAUUGAAGCAGUGGAAAAUAAAUUGAAUAAAAUGGUCGAUAAACUAAAAUUGUGA